AUGGCCUCGUCGCCCGAGAAGAAGCAGAAGACGGCCGCCGCCAGCGCGCACGCCAGCGCGCUGCUGCGCUUCUACCGCACGCCGGCCUUCACGGCGCACGCCAACCGCACGCUGCUGGCCUACCUGCGCGCGCAGGUGGGCGCCGACGCCGGCCUGCAGGUGGACGAGCUCGUGACCGAGUACUGCUUCUACGUGGAGACCACGGCCGGGUCCGGCCCGCUGUCCACCGCCGACCAGGACACGCUCCACUGGCUGCUCAGCGAGACCUUCGAGCCGCAGCAGACGCGCGCGGACGAGCCGUUCCUGGCCGCCGCCGAGCAGAGCAAGGAGUGGCUCGUGGAGGUCGGCCCGCGCAUGAACUUCUCCACGGCCUGGUCCAGCAACGCCGUGGCCAUCUGCCAGGCCUGCGGCAUCUCCGCCAUCAAGCGCAUUGAGCGCGCCACGCGCUACCUGGUGCGCUACACGGCCACCACGCCCGAGGCCCUGAACACGCUCAAGCAGGCGCUGCUCCGCCACGAGUGCGACCGCAUGACGCAGCAGGUGUACGACAAGCCGCUGGCCAGCUUCUGGCACGGCAAGACGGUGCAGCUCGUGCGCAAGAUCCCCAUCAUGGAGCGCGGCAUCGACGCGCUCAAGGAGAUCAACGAGGAGAUCGGCCUCGGCUUCGACGACUGGGACCUGCAGUACUACCUGAACCUGUUCAAGGAGAAGCUGCGUCGCAACCCCACGGACGUCGAGUGCUUUGACAUGGGUCAGAGUAACUCGGAGCACUCGCGCCACUGGUUCUUCGGCGGCAAGAUCGUCAUCGACGGCAAGGAGAUGCCCACGACGCUCUUCAAGAUGGUCAAGGACACGCUCACCGAGAACGCCAAGAAGAACAGUGUCAUCGCCUUCCACGAUAACUCGUCCGUCAUCCAGGGCGCCAACAUUGUCACGCUCGGCCCCGUGAACCCCGGUGAGCCCUCGGCCGUGCAGGAGCGCACCCUUGACAGCCACCUGCUGCUAACCGCUGAGACCCACAACUUCCCGUCGGGCGUGGCGCCGUUCCCUGGUGCUGAGACCGGCACGGGUGGCCGUAUCCGUGAUGUCCAGGCUACCGGUCGUGGUGCCAACGUCGUUGCUGGUGUCAGCGCCUACUCGGCCUCGAACGGCGCCUCGGACUAUGGCAACAAGUUCGGUGAGCCCGUCGUUACGGGUUUCGCCCGUUCGUUCGGCAUGGUGCUGCCCAACGGUGAGCGCCGUGAGUACAUUAAGCCGAUCAUGUUCUCGGCUGGUCUCGGCCAGCUGGACGGCCGCCACUGCACCAAGGGCGAGCCCGAGAUCUCGAUGUGGGUCGUGAAGAUCGGUGGCCCGUGCUACCGUAUCGGUAUGGGCGGUGGUGCCGCCUCUAGCCGUAUCCAGGACACUAAGACUGCUGACCUGGACUUCAACGCCGUUCAGCGUGGUGAUGCCGAGAUGGAGUGCAAGCUGAACAAGGUCAUCCGCGCUUGCUGCGACCUCGGCGAGAAGAACCCCAUCGUCUCGAUCCACGACCAAGGCGCUGGUGGCAACGGUAACGUGCUGAAGGAGAUCGUUGAGGUGUCGAACUCCAAGCCGGGUGACGCUAACCGCGGUGGCGCUCGCUACGAGGUGCGCAACAUUCUGGUUGGUGACGACACUCUGUCCGUGCUCGAGAUCUGGGGCGCUGAGUACCAGGAAAACGACGCCCUUCUGCUUCGCCCUGAGCACGUCGAGCUGUUCGACAAGAUCUGCAAGCGCGAGAACUGCCCGUACGCUCUUCUGGGCCAGGUCACCGGCGAUGGCCAUGUCGUGCUGCACGACUCGCAGGACGACUCGACGCCGUUCGACCUUGACCUUGACCUUGUUCUGGGCAAGAUGCCGCAGAAGACCUUCACGGAUGUGAAGGCCACGGAGACCGUCUCGGAGCUGUCGCUCCCUGCUGACAUUACCCUGCGCGAUGCGCUGGACCGUGUGCUUCGUCUUCUGUCGGUCGGCUCCAAGCGUUUCCUGACCAGCAAGGUUGACCGCUCGGUGAGCGGCCUGAUUGCCCAGCAGCAGACUGUUGGCCCGCUGCAGCUGACGCUUGCUGACUGCGCCGUCGUGGCGCAGUCGAACAUCCCCAACAAGGACGGCAAGUUCACGGGUGUGGUGAGCGCUUGUGGUGAGCAGCCCGUGAAGGGUCUGGUGAACCCGGGUGCCAUGGCCCGCCUGAGCGUUGGUGAGUCGCUGACCAACAUGGUGUGGGCGGCUCUCGGCGGCCGCGGUCUUGACGACUGCAAGUGCUCUGCCAACUGGAUGUGGGCCGCUAAGCUGCCCAACGAGGCUGCGCGUAUGUACGAGUGCUGCGAGGCGAUGACCACUUUUAUGAAGCAGGUGGGUGUGGCCGUUGACGGUGGCAAGGACUCGCUGUCCAUGGCUGCCAAGGUCAACAAGAAGGACGUGAAGACCCCCGGCACGCUUGUGAUCACCAUGUACGCGCCUACGGAGGACGUCGAGCUGAAGGUGACGCCCGACCUCAAGACCCACGCUCGCGACAGCCUGCUGUACUACGUGGACGUGGGCAAGGGUGCGAACCGUCUUGGUGGUUCGGCUCUGGCUCAGGUGUACGGCCAGGUUGGCAACGUGUCCCCGGAUGUGGAGGACGCGGAGCUGUUCAAGAACGCCUUCAACGCCAUCCAGACUGGCAUCAAGAACGGCCACCUGCUCGCUGGUCACGACCGUAGCGACGGUGGUCUUAUUGUUACGCUGCUCGAGAUGGCCUUCGCCGGCAACUGCGGCCUCGACGUGGACAUUCCGUUCGCGGGCGGCAAGGCGACGACCAAGGACAUUAUCCAGGUGCUGUUCGCCGAGGAGCUAGGCUUCGUGUUCCAGGUGGCCGCUGGCCAGCAUGCCACCGAGGUGGAGGCUAUCUUCAGCAAGGCGAACGUGCCGCUUGUGAAGCUGGGUAAGGUGACGACCGACGGCGCCAUCAAGGUGAGCGUCAACGGCGAGAGCGUCCUAGAGGACCAGAUGGUCGACCUGCGUGACGUGUGGGAGGCUACGAGCUUCGAGCUUGAGAAGCGUCAGUGCAACCCCGAGUGCGUUGCCCAGGAGCAGCGCUCGCUGCGCACCCGCACGGCUCCUCAGUGGAAGGUUACGUACGAGCCCAAGCCUACGCCGGAGCGCCAGCUGAGCACUCGUGCUCAGCACCGUGUUGCGGUUUUGCGUGAGGAGGGCAGCAACGGCGAGCGCGAGAUGCUUGCCGCUUUCCACCACGCCGGCUUCGAGGUGUGGGACAUCACCAUGUCGGACCUUGUCAACAAGCGCGUGGUCCUGGACGAGCGCUUCCGCGGUGUGGCUUUCGUCGGCGGCUUCACGUUCGCUGACGUGCUGGGCUCGGCCAAGGGCUGGUCGGGCGUGGUGAAGUUCCACGGCGACGUGCUCAAGCAGUUCGCGGCUUUCAAGGCCCGCGAGGACACGUUCAGUUUCGGCGCUUGCAACGGUUGCCAGUUCAUGACGCUGCUCGGAUGGCUAGACCACCCGGAGGCCAAGGCCAUCGAGGAGGAGACCAAGACGUCGGCGCAGCCGCGUUUCGUGCACAACGAGUCGGGCCGCCACGAGUCCCGUUUCGUGUCGGUGCAGAUCCAGGAGUCGAACUCGAUCAUGCUGCGCGGCAUGGCCGGCUCGUCCCUGGGCGUGUGGGUCUCGCACGGUGAGGGCCGCGCGCACUUCACGCACCCCAAGAUCCAGGAGAAGUACGUGUCGAGCGGCGCGGCGGCCAUCCGCUACGUGGACGACUCGAACGUGCCGACGACGGAGUACCCAUUCAACCCGAACGGCUCGCCCGAGGGUAUCGCCGGCCUCGUGUCCAGCGACGGCCGCCACAUGUGCCUCAUGCCGCACCCGGAGCGCUGCUUCCUCAAGUACCAGUGGCCGUACAUGCCCGCGGAGUUCGAGGCGCACCCCGUGAGCCCCUGGAUGCAGAUCUUCCAGAACGCCAAGACCUUCUGCGAGGGCCAGUAAGCGUCCUCCCAAGCUGCCGACAAUCGCAUCAGAGCAGCACCUCACUUGACAAUGCACGAAGCAUGGUAUAUUUGUACAAACCACACUCGUCUUGCCUUCGAUGAAGACACACAAGUGCAUUGCUACCAAGAAGCAGCAACGAGACCGCUUCAACAUGUAAGAUAAAACGAUCCGAUUGGUAGAAA